AUGUCAUUGUCAGGCGUAAAAAAACCCCUGCUUUUUAUACUGUCAGGACCUAAGACAUUGCCGAAAUGGAAAGGCGAGUUUUCAUAACUUUAGCAAUUUGUGCUCUGGCUGUAGCAGUUGUUUUGGGCAGCAUUACUGAUAAGAAAACUUUAGACCUCAAGAAAAAAAGGACUAAGAGGAGUAACAAGGGCGGAGAGAAGAUACAUAAUGUACUUGGUGAGGAAAUAAACGGACAAAGAACUAUAAAGAAAAUUAGGAAUAAGAGAAGCAACGAGGCCAGAGAGAAGACUGUUGAUGUGGAAAUAAACGUGCCAAACACUAGACAAAUUAGGAGCAAAAGAAGCAACGAGGCAAGAGAGUUUGUUGAUGUGAAAAUAAACGAACCACAAACUAAAGAGAAAAUAAGGAGUAAGAGAAGCAACGAUGCCGGAGAUAAGAUAGUUGAUGAGAAAAUAAACGAGCCAAAAACUAAAAAGAAAAUAAGGAGUAAGAGAAGCAACGAUGCCGGAGAUAAGAUAGUUAAUGAGAAAAUAAACGAGCCAAAAACUAAAAAGAAAAUAAGGACUAAGAGAAGUAACGAGGGCGGAGAGAAGAUAGUUAAUGUGGAAAUAAACGGGCCAACAUCUAAAAAGAAAAUAAGGAGUAAGAGAAGCAACGAGGGCGGAGAGAAGAUAGUUAAUGUGGAAAUAAACGAGCCAAAAACUAAAAAGAAAAUAAGGAGUAAGAGAAGCAACGAUGCCGGAGAUAAGAUAGUUAAUGAGAAAAUAAACGAGCCAAAAACUAAAAAGAAAAUAAGGAGUAAGAGAAGUAACGAGGGCGGAGAGAAGAUAGUUAAUGAGAAAAUAAACGGGCCAAAAACUAAAAAGAAAACAAGGAGUAAGAGAAGCAACGAUGCCGGAGAUAAGAUAGUUAAUGAGAAAAUAAACGAGCAAAAAACUAAAAAGAAAACAAGGAGUAAGAGAAGCAACGAUGCCGGAGAUAAGAUAGUUAAUGAGAAAAUAAACGGGCCAAAAACUAAAAAGAAAAUAAGGAGUAAGAGAAGUAACGAGGGCGGAGAGAAGAUAGUUAAUGUGGAAAUAAACGGGCCAACAUUUUAAAAGAAAAUAAGGAGUAAGAGAAGCAGCGAUGCCGGAGAGAAGAUAGUUAAUGUGGAAAUAAACGGGCCAACAUUUUAAAAGAAAAUAAGGAGUAAGAGAAGCAACGAUGCCGGAGAGAAGAUUGUUGAUGCGGAAAUAAACGAGCCAAAAACUAAAAAGAAAAUUAGGAAUAAGAGAAGCAACGAGGCCGGAGAGAAAAUUGUUGGUGUCGAAAUAGAUUGACAGUAGUUUAAACAGUAAACCAAAUACAGAUGGAAAGAAAAAAAACAGAGCGAGAGUGGCUACUUACGUUGCAGUUACUACCAAAUCACUGACCUAAUUAAGAUAGAACAACACCAUCAGUCGUGGCAUAAUACAAGUUAUACAAGUUUAUCAUGUCAAUACAGUUGUCGAUUUGUAUCCGGCGUUAUGUAUUCAUUUAUGAGCUUUGAAUAUAUAUAUAUAUAUAUAUCAAAUAUAAUAUUUUAUCUAUACAGAAUAAAAGAUAUAUGAUGAUAUGGGUAAGAAAGAGUUUUUGUAUUAC